AUGAUUACCCCUCAGACUCGACGACAAGCUUCACAAAUCUUCAACGAUACCCACUCGGAUAGUGACGACAUUGGAGACGGUGUUGAUGACAUGCGCUCCCCGCUUGAUAGAACGAUUGACAAAAUUGGGAUGGGACCUUAUCAAUGGGCACUACUGGGCCUAUGCGGCUUCGGAUGGGCUGCGGACAAUAUGUGGCUCCAAGCGAUAGCUAUUAUUCUCCCCCGGGUCCAAGAUGAAUACGCAAUUCCGGAUUCGCAGAUAGGACUACUAUCUGCUUCGAUGUUUUGUGGAAUGAUGUUUGGGGCGCUCGGCUGGGGGUCAUGUUCCGAUGUUGUUGGCCGGAGCAUGGCGUUCAAUCUCACAUUGGCCUUUACGAGCCUCUUUGGAGUUCUUGCGUGCCUGUCGACCAGUUUUGUUAGCUUGUGCUUUUUUAUAUUCCUACUUGGGAGUGCAGUAGGCAACGUUCCCAAGAAGAAGCAGUAUCUUCUCACAGCACUAUCCGUGUUCUUCUCGCUGGGUGCAGUAGUUAGUGCCAUUAUCGCCAUUAUAAUCAUUCCAGGCAACAGCUGUCCUGAACCAAAUGUGGUGGCGCCCGAGAAUUCUACCUCGAAUUCUUUCGCGAAACUUGUCCGAACUUUGGUCGCUCGGGGGGAGACCUGGGAACGAGAACACACCACUGCUUUGCGACGUCGCAAGCCAGAACAGGGGUUGGAAGUAUUAUUAGGAGUGCUGGGGAUCAUUAUACUUGGUCUCUGCGGGGAGAAACACCGAGGCGUCGCUGCCCUGCAGAGCAUCGAAGACUACAAUAUGAAAUUCGGUCGACCAUCUCGAUCACGAUUUGUAAUUACUCUAGCAGACGUAUGUGACGCAAAGCCGAGCGCAAUGCUUAGCGAAGAAGGCGUUAUGUUCGACGCAGGUGAUGACGAAGAGGCGAAUGUGGGGAAUAGACCCUCCUCGCGGGGUUCGAAUGAGGAGCGCAAAUCGUCGGGCUCCGACAGCGGGAAAGAGGACGAUCGUUCACAGGCCCUUUCUCAACAACCUGCCGAUCGCACAGAUUAUCGAGCAACUAGCCAGAGCCCUGAAGGUGCCGUUGGGCAAGGAUGGAGCUUCGACACGCCGAUGCCGCCGCAUGCAGACGAGAAUGCAUCAUAUUUCGAGCAAAAGGCCCCCACGACUCCGGAUGGUGAAAGCGGAGCGUCUACACCCGGUACCUCCCGGCCCCGUGAUAGUAGACAACAAUGCCUUCCAAGCACGUUUGGGAGGCCAAUUGCGACAUGGCUCGACCGAGUGGCUAUGCUUUUUACUCCAGAAUGGAGGCUAACAACUAUUCUGAUUUGGUGCGCGUGGUGGGGAAUGUCUCUUGCUUUUACUAUGUUCAACGUUUAUUUGCCCAAACUUCUUGAGAGGAGAUUGGGUGACGCUGGCGGAGGGGAAGGAAGCAGGAAAGAAGCACUAUGGGAUAUUGUAAUAUUUACUCUAGGAGGGUGCCCGGGUGCUCUGAUAGGCGCAUGGAUGAUCGAGUCUCCGUUGGGGAGACGCAAGUCUCUUGCCUUGAGUACAUUUAUGACUGCGAUGUGUUGCCUCGCGUUUGUACAAGUCGAAAGCAAAACGGGUGUUGUAUGGAGCACCAUCGGAGUGUCGUUAGCAUCAGCGAUUAUGUGGGCUGUCUUGUACGGCAUGACACCAGAGAUAUUCGAUACCAAGGUCCGAGGUACUGCUUGCGGGACUGCAUCUGCGCUAAACAGAGUAGGGGGUAUGAUAGCACCUGUUGCCGGUGGUAUUCUGUUGGAUGCAUCGCCCGCAUUUCCCGUGUAUGCAUCGAUCGCCGUCUUCUUGUUCUCGGUAGUCUGCGUACUUCUUCUGCCGUUCGAGAAGUGCCCGACUGAUGGCAAGGAUUCGGGCUCAGACGACCGAGGAGAGUAUACAGCACUACACUAG